AUAUGGUGGCGUUUCCGGCAGGCCCCGGCUGCUGAAAGCCGGGGCAGGGGAGUUGGUCCGGGUCCGGGUUCCUGUCCCGGUCCCGCCGAGGCGGCGACUGCGAUAGGAGGAAGGACGUGUUGGACGCGCUGGCCCACCGCCACUAUACAUUGCAGCCUUAUCUCAACUCAAAAUGAACUAUAUGCCCGGCACCGCCAGCCUCAUCGAGGACAUCGACAAAAAGCACCUGGUCCUGCUUCGAGAUGGAAGGACGCUUAUAGGCUUUUUAAGAAGCAUUGAUCAAUUUGCUAACUUAGUGCUACAUCAGACUGUGGAGCGUAUUCAUGUGGGCAAAAAAUACGGUGAUAUUCCUCGAGGGAUUUUUGUGGUCAGAGGAGAAAAUGUGGUCCUACUAGGAGAAAUAGACUUAGAAAAGGAGAGUGACACACCCCUCCAGCAAGUGUCUAUUGAAGAAAUCCUAGAAGAACAGAGGGCAGAGCAGCAGACCAAGCUGGAGGCUGAGAAGCUGAAAGUCCAGGCCCUGCAGGACCGAGGCCUGUCCAUCCCUCGAGCAGAUACUCUUGAUGAGUAUUAAGUCUUCUGCUCAGAGGCUGCAGCUCUUGGGGAGCAGGAGCUGUCACCAAACCAAGUGACACAUUUGACGAGAGACUGCAGAGCUUUGAAAAGUCAUUUUUAUUUGGAAUUCUUUCACAUAUGCAACAUGAAGAAAUCAUGCGUUUUGUUUCGUUUUUUUUAAUAACAAAAUCAUCAUUUAAAGAAACAGUGGCAUGGACUCCUUUCACACGUCACUGUGGAGCCAGCAACUACUUCUUUAUAUUGCUCUUCUCACCCCAAAUUAGUGGUUACAGGGAAUAUUCUUCAUUUGCUUGUAAAUAAAAUAUGAAUCUCAAAAUUGCAAUGUUAUUAUUUCCCAAGUUUGAGUUGCCUUCAAUGAAUAGUCAUUAAAUUUCUGCUUUCAAAGG